AUGGCCUCCGAACCCACCAAGACCAUCCUCGAAGAGGGCUCCGGCGACCAGCCCAAGGCGAGGGACACCGUCAUCAUGGGCUAUACCGGCUGGCUGAAGGACACCUCCCAGCCGGACAACAAGGGGAAGAAAUUCGACUCUUCUUACGACCGACCGGGCGAGGGCUUUAGCACCCAGAUUGGUGUUGGCCAAGUCAUCAAGGGUUGGGACAAGGGUGUUGUUACCAUGAAGCUCGGCGAGAAGGCUAGACUCGAUAUUCCCAGCCACCUCGCUUAUGGUAGCAGGUCUAUUCCCGGCGUUAUCCCUGCCAACUCGGACCUCAUCUUCGACGUCCAUCUGAAGCGAAUCAUCCCGUUCAACGGAUAA